CCUUCCAUUCUUUCAUGAUCGAUCCAGGCUAGUUCAAGCAGAUAUUUUCUUCCAUCUCUUCUUUUACCGUCCUAUUCUCUCUCCUACUUUUUGCUAUUUGAUUUGUAGAUACCGUUCCAUUACUCUUUAUUCUCCAACUCUUUUUUUUAUCCUCUUUGCGUUUGGACGCUUGUUUGGCAUCUUAUUUAUUUAACCAUCCUCAUCGAUAAUUCCACAUUACCCAAUUUUCCUUUUAUUCAAGACACAAGCCAACUAGCCAUGUAUACUCGAGCAGGCAAUCAUGCUCCUCGGGCCUUAAUUAACCCACCUACGCAUAUCGAAUACAAAGGGACUCGUUUUUUGAUCGUAGACGCACCCAGCAACAACAAUCUGCCACUCUACCUGCAGGAAUUUGAACGGUGGAAUGUUACUGACGUUGUUCGUUGCUGUGAAGCUACCUAUGCCAAAGAACCAUUGAUUGACAAGGGCAUUCAAGUGCAUGAUUGGGUUUUUGGAGACGGCGAAGCUCCUCCCGCGGCUAUUGUGGAAGUAUGGCUCAAUCUCAUUGAGGAGCGAUUCGGUAAGCGGGAUGCCGAAAAGAAUACCGAAGAUCAUAAGCCAUGCAUCGCAACCCACUGUGUUGCUGGAUUGGGAAGGGCACCUGUUCUUGUAGCGAUUGCUUUGAUCGAAGAGGGCAUGCCACCCUUGGAUGCUGUAGCCUACAUUCGCGAGCGACGUCGUGGAGCCAUCAAUAACAAACAACUACGAUACAUUGAAACUUACAAAUCACGAUCCAAGAAACAAUGUAUCAUUUGCUAGCAGAAUUUUUUUUGAAACUUUUGUUUUACGUACAUCCUUGUAGAUCUAGAAUGAUUAAUGAAGUUGGACUAAAUAACUGCUCGUGAGCGAAUAAAUAAGCGGCCUAGCUCGUGUAUCAGAUGUUCUUAUUUUUU